AUGUCGACCGCUGACUCCCACCUGAAAGCCUUGCUCGCGCUUUCCGGAAAUGAUCAGCUUGCUAGUACCCGCCGACACCUUAUACGAUGUAUCGGCGAUGACGAUCUUUUGGACAUACUGAAGAAAGGCGUCGGCAGAGAGUUCGCGCGGGGUGGCUUGGAGGACAUUGUCUCAGUUCUCUUGGACGUCAUCGCACGGGAUCCGGCUUCUGUCGAGCGCAGCGAUACCACUGAAUCUCCCGCAGCUAGCUUCAAGGACGAAGACACUCGGGGAAACACCGCCCAGCAACACGUUGAGAAGACUCGAGAGUACAGCGUUCAACAGCAACGUGACCGAGAGAAUGGUGAACUCAGCUACACCCAAAGCCAAUGA